AGCUGGCGGGCGGUUCUAGCCUAAAACCCUCCUACAAUGUCGUCUUCACCAACGAUCCACCUCCAGCACCAGUACCCACCACACCUCCGCCGUUAAAUUAUCGCUCGCCGUCGCCUACCAGCACGCAAAUGAAUUGUGCGGCCACCGCGCCCUUUGCCUCCUCAGCUAUCUACAUCCAUCCGUCCCCCACUUUCCUAAGUCACUCUAACAACAAGCUCCGCACCAGGAAACUUACAGUCAAGGCAUCCCCAAAAUGCAACGAAUCCCGAAAUUUGUCUCGUGUUCGGUUAAGUAAGUCGCGUUUCCGAAACCUAGAAUCGUCAUCUUUUAACGUGAUUGGGAGAAACUCAUCAAGCACAUCUCUUUGUAAUAAUGACGAAAAUUUGCUCAAUUGUAUUGUGAAGCCAAUUGUGUACGUAAUAUUCUGUAUUGGGCUUGGGAUUUUUCCCAUUGUCGGGUUUCGGGUUCGACCAGCUGUUGCCGCACCUGCAUUGGUCACUAAGCUAUUUCGGAUCGCACAAAAGGGUGCCAAAGGGAAAAGAGGCGAGAUAGAAGAGAAGGGCCAUGAGUACUCACAUUGUACUAAGAGCUUGCUAGCUAGUGUUUCCCAGUUACUUAGUGCCGUAGAAUCGGUGAACUCAGGAAAAUGUAGUACAGACGUUCUGUAUGAGGGGCUAGAUGCUGUGAUAAAGACGAGGGAGGAGUUGCAGAAGCAGAUUAUGGGUGGGUUAUAUGAAAAAACGAAGAGCUUGAUAAAAGAGAAAGCUGUAUUGGUCCAGCAGAAGAAUGAGAUUCUCAAAUUCUUGAUGAAAGCAAAUGGGGAAGGAAAUAGUUUGGCAAGGAAGGCUGAAGGGAAAGAUGACGAGAUUAUCAAGAAUGAGGAGGAGUAUAACAGGCUCUUGAUAGAAAUUGACCAAAUUGAUGAUGAGAUUUCCAGGAGAGAAGCAGCAGCACUGAACAUUGGCAUGAGAGAGUUAUUGUCAAUUGAAGGGGAAUGUGUGGCUUUGGUUGAGGCUGUUUUGGAGAGGAUUAAGACGUCAAAGAGUUCAAGUAUGCAUCCCAGCCCUCUGACCAAGCUUACCAGAUCCGAUAUAAGAGAUGAGCUCCUACAGUCACAAAGACAGUUACAGCAAGAGAGAGUUUUUCAAAAUAUUCUGGAAAAUGAGUAUAUUGGAUUUGAUGAAGAGACAGUUGGUCCUGCUCGGCGUAUAAAGCAAGUUCUUCAGGAAUCCCUUGAAAUGCAAAACAAUGUUGAAUCUCAAAUAAGGCACAGAAUGGCAAGAUAUGGUGACGAAAGUAAGUUUGUUGUAAACACACCUACUGAUGAAGUUGUCAAGGGUUACCCAGACACGGAGUUAAAGUGGAUGUUUGGAAAGAAAGAAGUUGUUGUUCCAAAAGCAGUUGCCAUUCACUUAUAUCAUGGCUGGAAGAAAUGGCGUGAGGAGGUUAAAGGAGACAUCAAAAGAAACUUGCUGGAAGAUGUUGACCUUGGUAAAAAGUAUGUUGCUGAAAGGCAGGAACGGAUUCUUCUAAUCAGGGAUAGGGUGGUGUCGAAGACAUGGUACAAUGAAAAAAAACAUAGGUGGGAGAUGGAUCCAGCAGCUGUUCCUUAUGCCAUAUCCAUGAAGCUUGUUGCGAGUGCUAGAAUAAGGCAUGAUUGGGCUGUCAUGUUUAUUAAUCUCAAGGGGGAUGAUAAAGAAUAUUAUGUUGAUAUUAAGGAAUUCGAUAUGAUUUUUGAAGAGUUUGGAGGCUUUGAUGAAUUGUAUCUCAGAAUGAUAUCUUCUAAAAUCCCAAUAGCUGUUCAGCUGAUGUGGAUUCCUUUCUCUGAGUGGGGGUUUUAUCGAACAUUUAUGAUGGUUGCACAUCUUUUUAAUCAAUGCUUAGCAUUUUUCUGGAAUAAUGACUUUGUUGCACAUAGAAUGGAAUUGGUAUGGAGCAAAGUCAGUGUUACAACUGAAGACAUAAUGAUGAUGAUUGUUGUUCCAGUUUUGGAGUUUGUCAUUCCUUACCCGGUACGGGCACGUCUGGGUAUGGCUUGGCCUGAGUAUGCAGAUCAAAAUGCAUCCUCUUCGUGGUACCUGAUGUGGCUGGCUGAGGCUGAAAUGAAUUUUAGAUCAAGAAAGGAGGAUAAUUUUUGGUGGUAUAGCUUGUUUUUAAUUAGAACGGUAACAUAUGGGUGUGUGCUGUAUCUUGUGGUUAGCUUUAUGAGCAGGAAAAUUUCGGAAAUCCUUGGUUUUGGGCCUAUUCGAAGAAAUCCAAACUUCAGGAAGUUGAGGAGAGUGAAAGCUUAUUUUGAUUAUAGAACAAGAAAAAUAAAACGUAUGAGGAGAGCUGGUGGUAUUGAUCCAAUCAGCACGGCUUUUGAUCAAAUGAAGAGGAUAAAGAAUCCACCAAUAAGGUUGAGAGACUUUGCAAGUGUUGAGUCUAUGAGAGAAGAAAUCAAUGAAGUGGUGGCAUUUCUGCGAAAUCCACGUGCCUUUCAAGAAAUGGGAGCUCGUGCUCCUCGGGGUGUUCUUAUUGUGGGUGAAGGGGGAACUGGGAAGACCUCUCUUGCACUGGCGAUAGCCGCAGAAUCUAAGGUUCCAGUUGUUGAAGUUAAAGCACAACAAUUGGAGGGUGAUUUGUGGGUUGGACAGAGUGCAUCAAAUGUUAGAGAGCUAUUUCAAACAGCACGUGAUCUGGCACCUGUGAUUAUAUUUGUGGAGGAUUUUGACCUCUUUGCUGGUGUCAGAGGCAAGUUUAUCCACACCAAGAAACAAGAUCAUGAAGCCUUUAUAAAUCAACUUUUGGUGGAACUUGAUGGCUUUGAAAAGCAAGACGGUGUGGUCUUGAUGGCUACUACAAGAAAUCUUAGUCAAAUUGAUGAAGCAUUGCAGCGUCCUGGUAGGAUGGACAGAAUAUUUCAUCUUCAACGACCGACUCAGGCAGAAAGGGAAAACAUUCUAAAGAUUUCUGCAAAAGAAACCAUGGAUGAGGAACUCAUUGACUGUGUUGAUUGGACAAAGGUUGCCGAGAAAACAGCUCUUUUACGCCCAAUAGAACUAAAGCUUGUUCCCAUGGCCUUAGAAGGUAGUGCCUUCAGGACUAAAUUCCUUGAUUCAGAUGAACUCAGGAGCUACUGCAGCUGGUUUGCUACUUGCAGUGGCGUUAUCCCCAAGUGGGUGAGGAAAACAAGAAUUGCAAAGAGAUUAGCCAAAAUUUUCAUAAAUCAUCUCGGACUUACAUUGACAAAAGAGGAUUUGGAUAAUGUGGUUGACUUGAUGGAACCAUAUGGUCAGAUCAGCAAUGGAAUAGAAUAUCUAAAUCCUCCUUUAGAUUGGACACGGGAAACAAAGUUUCCUCAUGCUGUUUGGGCUGCAGGUCGCAGCUUGAUUGCUCUGCUUCUACCCAACUUUGAUGUUGUCGAUAAUCUUUGGCUUGAACCCUUCUCUUGGGAGGGAAUUGGAUGCACAAAAAUCACAAAGGCUAGGAAUGAAGGAUCCAUCGAUGGAAUUGUUGAAUCAAGAUCAUAUCUUGAAAAGAAACUUGUAUUUUGCUUUGGAUCGCAUGUUUCAGCUCAGCUGUUGCUUCCAUUUGGGGAGGAUAAUGUUCUUUCUGCAUCUGAGUUGAAGCAGGCACAAGAGAUAGCUACUCGGAUGGUGAUCCAGUAUGGUUGGGGGCCUGAUGACAACCCUACGAUUUACCACCAUGGCAAUGCGGCAACAACUUUGAGCAUGGGAAACAAUCACGAAUUUGAGCUGGCAGCAAAAGUUGAGAAGAUUUACUACCUGGCUUACGAAAAAGCAAAAAUAAUGCUUCAAAGUAACCGUGGUGUACUUGAGAAGAUUGUCGAAGAGUUGCUUGAAUACGAAAUUUUGACCGGGAAGGAUUUAGAAAGGAUAUUUGCUAAGAACGGCGGGAUAAGAGAGAAGGAACCCUUCUUCCUUUCUAGCACACACUAUGACCAGGUAUAUAACACCCAGUCCGUACUUGCACAUUUUCUAGAAGAAGGCAGAAAUGCGUCCCCAAAUGCAUUUCUAAGUGCGGAAAUUUAAAUGAAGGAGAGCAUACAAAUGGUACUGUAGACAAUAACACCUCAAUGACAGAUUUACCCCGUAUCUUCCCCAAAGGAGCGACGUGCUUUAGUACUUGUAUGGAAGAGAAGAAAGAGCACAUACAUUGCAUUUUUCAUCCUCAACUGAAGUGCAACAAGGUUACACCACUACAGUGUGACAACUCUUUGCAAAAAUCUUUGUAACAAUAAGGCUAAAAGAUACACAUUUAUUAGGAAUCUGUAU